CUGUUCCACAACUGUUUCUCUUCCUCGGACGGGAUCACGGGACAGAGCAGGAAGCAAAGCAGCCCUGCUGAGCCGCCGAGCACGCCAACCCUAGUCGUUCGUACUUAUUUCCCUUCCCUCGCUGCGGCAGUGGCAGACUGGCAGCUGAUGGUGUCCAUGAGCACAACGCCUCACCCGCUGGAUUCGUUGGCCACGGGCGGCGGCAAGGAGGAGGCGACCCGGAUGCGGCUCCCGGAGCCGGAGGCCGUGCCGCCGCCAGCGCCAGGGAAUGAGGACGACGAAGGGCCCAGGAGGGUGCGCAAGCCAUACACCAUCACCAAGUCGCGCGAGAGCUGGACCGACCCCGAGCACGACAAGUUCCUCGAGGCGCUGCAGCUGUUCGAUCGCGAUUGGAAAAAGAUCGAAGCGUAUGUUGGCUCAAAGACAGUAAUACAGAUUAGGAGUCACGCGCAGAAGUACUUUUUGAAGGUUCAAAAGAAUGGAACAGGUGAACAUUUGCCCCCACCUAGGCCAAAACGCAAGGCUUCCCAUCCAUAUCCACAUAAAGCCUCAAAAAAAGCCUCUCAAGUUGUCUUGCCACAACAAGCUUCUCAUACAAUGGAACAAGGCUGUGGUGCCUAUGUGGAAACAGCUAGUAUUGCUACGGACUCAAGUGGAAAUGGUGCUUUUCCUUCUUGGGAAAAUGAUCAUGUUCAACAUUUCAGUCCGAAGCAUGCACAAGGUUCAGGUGCAACAAACAAUUAUUCUAGUAGCAUAGGUAGCCAGUCUGGAACUUGGCCUACUUCUGAAGCCACAGAACAAGAAAUCAUGCUUCCAGCACUGCAUGCCAUGCCAGACUUUGCUCGUGUAUACAACUUCCUGGCAAGCAUAUUUGAUCCAGAGACAAAUGGGCAUUUGCAAGAGUUGAAGGAAAUGGAUCCUAUUGACGCUCAAACGGUACUGUUGUUGAUGAAAAAUCUGUCAAUCAACCUAACUAGCCCAAACUUUGAGGAACACAGGAGGUUACUCUCUUCACAUGGCUCGAACAUGGAUCAAGAUAUGGGCUCUUCUCCAAGUCUUCAUCUUCCAUUCAUGAUAACGAGCAAGUGAGAGAAGCUGCACUGAAGCAAGCACCCAAGGCGCUGGAGUCAGUCUGCAGCAUGGCGGUGCUGGGGGUGCUUGGCACAUGUGUACAUAGCUCUUAGUAGCCAUCCACAAUGGGAGGGACCAAAGGACGGUUUUGCACCGUAGAUGCAUCGUAGCCGUGAGUGGGAGCGAGAAAAUGGGAUGGGGAUGGUCCCCCUCAUUGUGGAUGGCCACGCCCUGAGCACCACGUAGUUUAUGUGUCUUUGGUUCUCUGCCCCCUCCAAUUUUCCCUCAUUAUAGCUUAUAUAUGCGAUGCUGCCAUCAAGCCUUAGCCUAGUGGCGAAUUAUGGUGUGUGUUAGCUUUACACCUCUUGCUUUUUCCCCCUCACAGGGAUGAAUGGAUAUGGUGUAGUUUUUGCUGUGUGUGUAUAUAUAGUUAUGCGUACGGCUAUAUGUGUACAGGGUAACAAACUGCUGUAAUAACUUGUAUGCAUAGCUGAGGAUGUGUGAUUCCACAGCAGGCCAUGUCAAAGACUCGUUGAAGAAGGGGGGCAGAUGUAACAUAAACAAAAUCCAGUUGCCCUUGCUGUUACAAGGUUUGCUUUGCGAGUCA